AUGGCGCGUGGUGACAGGGGUGAAAGAGACCGGGACCGUGACCGUGGGCGGGACGAGCGGGCACGAGCUACUAGGUCUGAAGCACGCGAGGACUUUGAGUCGUUACGCACUAAAGUGGAGAAGGUUGAAGACAAGCUCGCGCGUACCUCACACCUAGCUCUCCAGGCAAGCAAGGACGCAGGCGAGGUCAGGGCAGCUCACCAGCUUGUGGUGUUCCUCAAAGGACUAGCUCGUGAACGUGUUAAAGAAGUCGUCGCAGAGUACCAGGGGGAAAAGGACGCCGUGCUGCAAGGACUCAAGGACAAAGGUGCACCUCUCAAACUACGGGUUUACGAGGCCCUACUCAAAAAACUCGAGGAGGUUGCAACGACCAAGGGGGCGGAGACGGCGGCGGUGGCCAAAGAGCUCGUGGAGUUGGGAACGAACUCGGUCGUCAACUCUGUCACGAACGGGGCUAAGCCUCCAGAGGGCGACGUUCCUUGGGUGUUGGUGCUUACCUUCCACUACUCGGAGGUGGGUCAGAAAGCCAAGCGGCUUUGGAGCAGUGCCGCCCUACGCCCGUGCUUCGCUAAAACAGGAGGCGGCUGGCCGGAGUUGGGAGUGAGGGAGGGCAGUUGGCGACCCGGCCGUUUACACCAAGCAGUAGCGGAAGACUUGGGUUUGCCACCGAAGGGUAAGGGCCGGGGCUCUGCGGCGACAGGCGUCAAACGACAGUCCGAGUCGCCCGGAGGAACAAGGCGCACGGAGAUGAAGCCGCGUAUGCGGCACUACAUCUACAUCCAGCUUGGACCGGCUUCACAAUUUGCAGGACGCCAAAGCGCCGAUGAACAAGCAAGUCUUCAUGAACGACCUGUGUCAGCCCAUGAAGAAGGCAGCCCCAUCGGCCUUUUCAAUUAUUUCGUUAAGCUUGCACAAGACUUUGUGCAAUUGACGACGCGGCACUACCAGAAGCUCCUGGACACCUCGGCCGGUGCGAACGGAAUGAUUUCCAGGGUCAUAGCCUUUUUGCAGUCGGAAACCGGCCGUCAGAAGAUCCUGUAUUGCAUCAAGAACCGGAAUGUCCAGCAGCAGUUGGCGUCGCUCCUCAAGGCCUCCGAGGAGGCGACAUCUAAGUCGGCGUCUGCAGCGUCAGCGUCGUCGGGGGACGCAGACGGCAACACGGUCAAGGCCGCAGAGGCUGUGGAGGAGAUCCAGAUGGACUUGGACACAGAUGCAGCCGGUGAAGAGAAGCCCCUGGAGUCGGAGAAGGACUGA